CACUGCCAGACAUCUCUUAACAGGGCUAUUGCAGUGCAGAAACAGAAGAAGGAAAGAAUAAGGUUUUUAGUGAGUGAAUGACAAAGCUGCAAUUCCCUUGGAAUUAGUCAUGGAGUUUGACAUUUAUACCUUGGCUCUUCUGUAUUACUGGAUGGCAUCGUUCAUUCACUCUGGCCAAACUCUCACAGACAGAGAAUAUGAUGACAUUAUAGUGACAGAACUGGGAAGGCCUACCACCUUGCCCUGCGUUGACCCGGAGAUGACGGGCACAGUGACUGUGAGCUGGACCAAGCACGGCACCCCCAAGGGGAUGGAGAAACUCCUCCUCUCAGCCAGUGAAGGGAAGGUUUCAUCUGGUCCACCUAAGUUCUCAUUGGCUGACCCUAACUUCCUGGAGUCUGGGGUUUUCUCUCUGCUCUUCGUACCCAAAAUGGGUGAUCAAGGCCUUAUCACCUGCUUGGUCGAAAAGCAGGAAAGGAAACUGAGAAAGGUCAUAUUGCACGCCUUACUCACUGUCACCAUGGUACCCGCCUCACCCCUGCCAUAUGGCAUCCUCCGGCUCGAGGCCAGCGUCGUCCCCAACUACAUGGUCGGCAGCAUCACCUGGGCGGGCCCUGGCGGCACGCCACUGAGGUCAGAGGUGAGGCGGAUGGAGACCCUGACGAAGAUCCCCCACUUCAACCAGAACGACCAAGGCACCUACGUCUGUGUGAUUCAGCCCAAAUACAACUGCAGCGUAGGCAACUUCUCCUUCAACGUUGACGUGAAGAUGGAUGUCAGCAGAGAAGACAUAAUUUGGCAGCAGGAAAGUAGUAAUGUGGUGCCUUGUGGUUGCGAUGCCACGGUGGCCUCAUUCACCAAGGUACCAAACGACCUUCAGAUCUCCACCGGCAGUGUGGCCAACCAGCCCCAUCCCUUGGCCUGUCCACCCUACGAGGGCGACUCCGUGCUGGUCCGCUGGGAGAAUCUGGAAAAGAGGAUGUUUCCGAAGCUGGUGUACCAGUACGACCGCUGGAGGGACUCCACGGCCCCUCCAGUGGAGGGGAGUCCGCUGCUUCAGCUGGCAGGCCCGCCAUACAACGCCCAUUCCGGCUUCUUCUCCUUCCUACUGAGCCCGGAGAUCAGAGACUCUGGUGUCUUCACCUGUGACGUCUUCCACGAUGAUAAAUGCUACAGACAGAGGACCACGCUGAGCGUGCUCAAAGUGGAAGUCAGUCCCUCGUCCACGUCCUCUUCGCUGUACAUAUCCUGCAGAUACUCAGGGAUAUCCCAGGUGGAAAAGGUGGGGUGGUCCCACCAGAACAGGAGUGGCAGGCCACGCAGCUUCAGUCCAGGGCCCGGCAAAAUCAACGUCAACAUCAGCCUGCCCAUCACCGCCGACAACGCCGGCAAAUACACCUGCACCAUGCUGCUGAGGAACGGACAGGUGAUCGGGGCAGUGUACACCGUCACACUGCCCACUACAGUAGAGAGCGCUGGUGUGGCCGCCCCCUCCCUGCUCCCCCCACUCUCUGCUUUAUUACUCCUGGUGCCCCUGGUUGCUGCGGCUGUCGGCGUGUUGCUAUGGAGACAGAGACACAUUUCUCAGCGUGGUAUUGAACAGUCCCUCUCUCGUCACUCUUGGGAGGCAGAGAACAUCUAUGAGAAUCCUGAGGACAUGAGACUGACGUCUCCACAGGGUUCCGUCUACAUGGAUUUGAAACCAGGAGAAGGAGAUGAUAUCUACAGGGAGUUGGAUCGAUCUGAGCCAAGCCAGUGCUGAUCAUCACCUACUCACUCCUCAUUCAAGUCAACUGUCAAAUUAUUUCGGUCCCGAGCUGCAACAGAAGGCGUACUUGAAUCGAAGUAACAAAUAAAUGUCACGUCAAUUUGUCUGGGAAAUGCCACCGAAUUGUUUGUGUAAUUUGUAGGCCUUUAUUGAAAAACGUAUGAUGGAAGACGCCUAAUUAUACAUAUAUACACAUUUAUAUAUUAAUGCAACAAAAUUUAACAAAAAACAACUGAGUCAGUAUUGCUGUGAAAUAUAGUGUUUUUGUAUCGUAAUAUAUACACAUAAGUAAUGUACAUAACACAAAAUAUCAAUAAGGACUCUCUGUAGACCUAUAGAGUAAUGCCCAAAAUUGACAGAAGGGAGAGAUGUAACACUGUCAGGUUAGGAUGAUAGGUUAUUAAGAAGUCCGUUUUGAGAAGUCUUAUUCUACCUUAUUUUUUGUAUGUUAUUGUACAACACAACAAUGACCUGAACAAUGACCUGAACACAAUAAAACAAUAAAACAAUAAAACUCUUCCUACCGUAAA